UCGGGGAGCGCAGCGGCGGUGCCUGGCCCGGAGCGCUGCGGGAUGGAGCCCGCAGGCCUCACCCUGAAGCUGCUGCUGCUCGGGGACAGCGGCGUGGGCAAGUCCAGCCUCCUGCGGAGGUUCACGGACGGCGCCUUCGAGCCGCGCCUCACACCCACCGUCGGUAUUGAUUUUAAAGUGAAGAAAAUGCUGGUGGACGGCCGUGCAGUGCAGCUGGCCAUAUGGGAUACAGCAGGACAGGAGCGUUUCAGAACAGUGACUCCCAGUUACUACAGAGGAGCUCAAGGGGUUGUUUUAGUGUAUGAUAUUACAAGAAAAGCAACUUUCACAGGACUAGGAAGGUGGCUGAAUGAGCUGGAGAUGUACACCACCCCCAGCAGCACUGUGAAGAUGUUGAUUGGCAAUAAAACUGAUAAGGUUGGUUUGGGAAUGCAUCCUUUUCCAUUCUUCCCUGGGUUAUUUAUUCAUCAGAGUCUUAUUUCAGUCAUGUUCGUCAUCUGUCUCUGCAGCCUGAGCGUGGAGAGAAAAGAAGGGCUCCAGCUUGCCAGGAAACACUCACUGCUUUUUAUAGAGACCAGUGCCAAGACCCAGGAUGGAGUGCACCAUGCCUUUGAGGAGCUGGUCAUAAAGAUCCUGCAGACUCCAGAUCUUUGGGAUAAGGGCACAGGGAAAAAGGGAAUCCAGCUCAUAGAAUCUUCAGCACAGCAGCAUAAGGGGUUAUGUGGUGCCUACUGUGACCUUAUUUAAAUGUACAGCUGGCUGUUCUGCCUGACUGGAGGAAAAAAAAAGGGGUGGGGAUGGGAUUCCAAGCACCAAUCUGUGCCAUCAGUUGUGCAGAUGCAAACCACAAACUCAUUAGUAAAAUACAUUUUUAUUCAUUAGCAAAAUACAGUUUCUCCUUCCCUUUUGCACAACUGCUGCCUGCAGGUAUUUUUCUGGUAGCUCUCAGAUUUUUCACUAUUAAAUCAUAGUGCUGCUUAGAGAAUUGUGCUUUUGCUGUUUGACAUUCAGCAUGGACUUUUGCUGGAAUUCCUGCCUCAGCAUAAAUUAAUUGGUAUUAAAUUCUGGAAUAUUAUUGAGAAGCUUCUUUUGCCUUGGAUGGCAUAGGAGGCUUUGAGGCACCCAAGUCACCUUCAUGUAGUUACUCAGCAGGAGUUUGAUCAGUGGACAGAGUUUCCUGAUUUUGGAUGGUUUUAAAAAGUCAAAAUUGCAAUCACAUGUGCCCAGACAGUAAGCUGAGUUACUGGUUCAUUUUGGGACUGUAUGAAGAGGAUGUGAAUUUUAACAUUGUCAGGAAAAGUGCAGGACACUGA